CCAUCUCCUUCACCAUCAAUAGCGGCUCCUGUGAGACAAUUUGGUGCAUGGGGUGCUGAUUUAGUCAAAGAUGCUGCACAAGGAAUUGGAAAGGAACUGAAGAACACAACAUUAGGUACAAUAGAGCGUUUUGGUAAUCUUACGGAUUACACAAUUAGAUCAGCUGCUAAUCUUUUAUAUAACCAGACUACUGAUAACGGUACUGAUGAAUUGGCUGUAAACGGACUAGCAUCAAUUAAGAAAUCAGCAGAAGAUAAAUACGAUGAAUGGAAAAAGAAUAUUAAGGGUGAAUAUAAUAAGUAUGCAUAUCCUGAAGAACAUAUGAAGUUAGAGCUUACCAGACUAAGAUCAAAAUAUGGUAAUGAAACAACAAAUACUACAACGCAAACGACGAAAGCUGACAGAAAGAUUGAUGACACUCCUACUCCAACUCCUGCAAUGGCGAACAUCACAACAAUUGCUCCAAGAGUUCCAACAGGAGAAGGUAUAUCAGGAAAUGUUUCAACUACUCAUAACAUUACUGAAGCAGCUAAUGUUUCAGCAGUUGAGCAACCUGUUGUUAAUGUAACUCAGGAAAACGCUACUGAAACAUCAACACCAAGACAGGAUGUAAAUAAUGAACGUCCAGAAGUUAAGGAGGUUGCAAAAGCAUACCUGGAGAAAAAUACUACACAAGUUCUUGAAGCAGAAAAGCAUCUCAAUUCAGACAAAACACCAUCUCCAACUCCUGA